AACCCAACCUCAUUCCAAUCUCAAUCUCCCCAAAACCCAACCAAAGAAAGAAACAAUAUUCAAGCAAGUCUUCUAGCAAUAGCCUCAUAUUCUAAACCCAAUGGCUAGACUUGGUCUGAUUUGCUUAGUUCUAGCUGGGUUCAUGGUGCUUCAAGCCACCAUGGCUGAUAAAUCCCAGGAUUUGGAGCUGAAUCCAUUUGAGGAGGUGAAGUUCCAAGAUGGGGUUUUUGUCAGAGAAGCAGAACACUCUGUUUCUGUUGCUGCAGAGCCAUCAUCUGAGAGUAUGCAGGAAGCCCAAGGGGCUGAAGCUCCAACUAGCAGGCGUUUGGGACCAGGAAAGCAUCACUCCUCUGAUAAGUCUAUGGCUGGAGGAGGUGUCAUUAUUGGUGGCCUCGUCACUACCAUUUUUGCAGCUGUUUUCUGCUACAUCAGGGUUACUAGAAGAAGGGGCGGUGUUAAAUGAGUGUAAAGGAAUGAUUUUGAUCAACACAGAUACAAAAUGAUAUCAGAAUUAGAUGAUUUAGUGUAGUCAGAGAUUCAUCUUAUUAUUAUUAUGAAUAUUAGUGAGUGUGAAUAUUAGAUUGAGAUUUCUUUGAAGAAUAUGCUUUAUUUUUGUGCAUUUCA